AUGCUACAAAUAAACGAAACAUUCAAUGUGAAAUCACAGUUCCCAUGCCAACGUGAAGCCAGAUACGAAACGGUUUUGGAGCACGACCCAGAAUGGAGAAAAACGAUCGUCGGUUGCUUUGUACUGCAUUUAUUACAGGAUAUAUAUAAAUUCAACAUAACCUAUCUGGUAAAUGAAUAUACAAAUGUAACGAGAUCCGGACAGCAGGAAGCCAUUUAUCCGGGUAACAACGUCUCUGUGGACAUUUACGUAAAGCCCACGGACCUGCAGUGUCCUAACCUGUUGGAUACCGCAUAUCCCAUACAGGCAAUUUUAACGUGGAGAUUUGGAUUCAUUCUGCGUCGUGAACACAAGAGUAUGCUCAAAGCUUUCUACAGCCAACCAUUUACAUCCUCCGUGUGGAUCUGCAUAUAUACAACUAUUCUAUUGAGUGCAUUAGUAUUUUAUAUUUUAAGUCUGUGGGACCGAAGGCUGAAUAGUACACUCGAAUGUAGUUUUGGACAUGAACUUUUAUUAGCAUUCUCUGCAUUUUGUCAACACAUUCUUCCACUUCAGGCUGAAUCAUGUUCUAGACGGAUAGCGUAUCUAACUUUCAUUAUGUGUGCAUAUGUUGUACAUUGUUUUUAUACGUCGAACUUGCUCUCUCAUCUUGUAAAUGAUGCCGACGUCGUAAUGGACCUAGAGGCUCUGGUAAAGAGCGACUACAAAAUUGCUUUAUUAAAAGAUAUGAAUCUUGCUACUGAUAGAAAGAAAUAUGAGGCAAGGAUGGAUAAAAAUUUAAGCAUUGUAUGGGAUAAAGUUCUUCAACUCACUGUAAUGGACGUACCGACCGCCUUGGGAGCUGUAAUGUAUUCUAAAACGGCACUUUUGACUGAUUAUAUUACUUUGUACCCUGUUUUAAAAAGAAAUUUUGAAAUGGAUGAAAUAUGUCAACUUGUCGAGAUAGAUCUCUACUCAAAUGUUAAGAAUUAUUUUAUUACGAAUAGAAUCUUUAAAUAUAAGGAAGAAUUCAAAAUUGGAUCUCUACGUGCAAAGGAAGCUGGUCUUAUAAAGCGUAUAUUGACUCUUGAGAAGUACAAAUCGUUUGAAUGCGCUCAUGAGACGAAUAACUACAAGGCCCAGUUCGAACAUUUUGUAAACAUUAUAGCAGUAUUACUUGCUGCUUACAUACUGGCUGUAAUUAUUUUAAUUGGGGAAAGGAUUCAUUAUGAAAGGAAUAGAGUAUGGCCAUAUGUUAAC